AUGUGCUGUGGUUAGUCUGCGGGUUGACGGACAGCAGGUGAGAGGCGGCGGGUGCAGGUGGAUCCUCUUUAUUUACCAUGUGAGGCUGGAACACGAAGACAGGACCGCGACAUGAGUUCACCGGUGAUAACGAAACCAAGGAUAUCACGAUGUGUCCUUCUGCUGCAGCUUCUGGAGUCCUGAGUGGAACUGCACCGAGAGACCAAGCCUGAGUAAACCCAGACAAUCCCUCUGCAAUUGGAAGAGGAUGGUACGCCCCGCGGUGCUUUUGUUUCCUGUGCGAGGAAAACUUCAAUCACUUCAAGGCUCCGUCGUCAUUGGUCCGUCCAGUGUUCCGUGAGGUCCCUCUAGGUGUCCACCGAUUGGUUCUGCACCCCACUUGGAAGACUUGUCAGCCAAUCGGCCUCUGCCCGGCAGCGUCUCCUCUGCAGCAGUUUCCUGGGACAGAGCACAGCGACGGAGGGGAGAUCGACCUGCACUGCAGCUGAAUCAGGGAUUCUGAACAAGUGAUCUCCAUCAUGGAGAUGCCCAGGAGGCGACAGCCUUCCUUCACGUUGACUCUCCCCAAACCAGCCUCAUCUGAGCUGGCUUCAUUUGGAGCUUUACAGAAAGAUUCGAUGCCCCAGGAGACAGAUGAAGCCACAGAGAAAACUGAAUCUGGAGAAGAGACAUUCAUCCCAGAGGCUGAGGAGUCGGACGUUUCUGUUGAAGCUCCAGCUGAGACGAUGGAACCUGUAGAUACAAAGUCAAAUCUUUCCUCACAGGAUAGCUUCUCGGAGGAGACUAUAAUGUCGGAGGAGAGGAUAGCACAGGAGGCUGAAGAGGCCAAGAAGAAAUCUGAAGAAGAGGAAGCAGCAGCUAAAGCGAGAGCAGCCCAGAGACAGCUGAUGUCCAUCGAGGAGCUGGUCCAGUCUGAGAGGAAUUAUCUUCGACUGCUGCAAGUCAGCACAGUGACCAUCAGGAGCAACCUGCAGACACUACAGCCUCCUCUAGCCAACCUGGACAGCAUGUUUCUCUACAUCGAGGAGGUGAUGGACGUGUCGAGUCGACUCCUCAGCUUGUUGGACCAGACGCAGGUUCAGCUGGGAGAUCCUCAAUUCCUGGAGACGCUCUGUGCGUCGUUCCUCAGCCUGUCUUCAGACAUCGAAGCAGCCUAUAAGGAAUACUUGGCCAACUACAACAAUGUUACCGUGUUGGAAAACAGCUACAAACAGAAGGAGGAGCUCUGGAACGAGAUUGUCAGUGUCAUCAAGGCCUCAGCGCCUGAGGUGAAUGCUACUUCUCUGAGUUUCUUCCUGGUGAUGCCGGUGCAGCGGAUCGCCCGCUACCCGCUCCUCCUGCAGACCAUUAAGAAACACACCGACCCGGCUCACCCUUCGUACGCAGUCCUGGAGCACACGGCUCACACCUCUAUCGCCAUAAACUGUCGUAUCAACGAGUACAAACGCUUCAGAGAAGUUGCUGACAAAUACAAGAAGACUGAAACCUUAACCAUCAAAGACAAGAUCCACCGUCUCAACUCCCACAGCAUUGCCAAAAAGACGGCGAGGCUCAGCCAGCAAAUCAAACACGAGACCGGAAUAGUUCCUAAGCUGGUUGACGAGGAGUUUAACGUCCUGGAAGGUUUCUUCUACGUCCUGGGCCACGGGAUCCUGGAGCUCCUGGAGAAUGUGGAGACGUAUCUGCACCAUCUACAAGGUUUCCUGGCCUGUAAAACGGAGGAGUUUGACUUUGACAUGGACGGAGAGAAGCUUCCUAUCUGCUACAAGGAGAUCACCACAGCGCUCAGACAGUGGGUCCUUCCUACGUUUGAGAAGAGGAUGAGGACGUUGAUUCACAAACCGCUGUGUGCGCUCCGUGACCUCCUGGUGGGCCCGAGGAACCUGAUCAAGAAGAGGCUGGACAAGCUGCUCGACUACGAACUGAUAGAAGCCAAAUCUAAUCUGACCUACGAGGAGCAGGCGGUGGCCAACACCUACAGGACAAUCAAUACUUUGCUCCUCAAUGAGCUUCCUCAGUUUAACGCUUUGGCUCAGCAGAUGAUCUGGAGCAUGUUGGGGACGUACAGCUGUCUGCACAAAGACCUCGCCUCAGACAUGGAACAACUUUUCCAGAGCUUUACACAACAGCUGCCGCACAGCUCUCUCAGCCCCGGUGCAUUCUGGGAGUGGGCAGAGUCCGCGGCGUUGGAAGGGGCGAGGAGGCUGGAGACUCUGUGUCGAAGUGUAGAGGAAACGCUCAACGCGCCUUUCGUCCAGCCUCUGAGCCCGUCCUCCCAGCGCCGCCUGAAGCAGCUCACGGAUAAACACGGUUCUGGAAAGAUCUACCAGGUGGGGGGAGUUGUUGUGGGAAGCCGUGACCUGGACCUGAACCUGGCCAAAGGGGAGCUCGUGGCCAUCAUCAGCGAGAUGGACACACGCGGGGACAAACGCAGAUGGCUGGUGGACGCAGGAGGCAGAAGAGGCUACGCUCCUUCCUCGAAGCUAAUUCGCUAUCACCAGCCAUCAGAGGACCCGCCCCCUUCGCCACACCUGACCUUGCCCGACGGCGUGACGGGAAUCAGAAGACACUCCUACACCCCCGAGAGCCGGCCGCUGACGGUCAGGAGCCAGCCUUGCUUCCAGGUGAUGGCAGCCUACGACUUCACAGCCAGAGGAAGCCAUGAAGUCUCUGUCCGGGCCGGCGAGUCCGUCCGCGUCCUGGAGGCCCACGACAAACGAGGGCACCCCGAGUGGAGCCUGGUGGAGGGGAGAGGUGGUCAGAGGGGCUACGUGCCCUCCAACUACCUCACCAUCACGCCACUGGGGAUGGGACCGCCCGGGAGUUACCACUGAUGGGAGGGAAGACAGGGAGGACUUGCACCUGGGGAAACACAGCAGCACGUACCGCAUCGGUGUGAAGAGGUUCUCACCGCUGCUCUCUGCAGACGGCUUCCAGCUGUGUUUGUAAUAUUCAGCUGCUUCUUUAAGCUCAUAAAACAACGCAAGUAUCUACAUCGUGAUAAUCAGUGAUUUAGAAUUUCUUGAAAAAGGCCAAAUUCGAAGGAAAGCAAAGGAAGCUACGAUUGUUUUUAUUUUCCCGAGGGAUUAUUCAGCCUAUUUAACCUAAAGCAUAUUUUUUAAAAGCCGACACUGAAGUGGAGACACCAGAAGUCUUGGUUGAUGCCGGGGACAAAGACUUGAACAUUUAAAAACAAUCUCUCUGCGGUGCCAUCGGUGCUGUAGCUAAACUUUCAAACUCGACGGUGCAAAAACAUCUCAUAAAAACAUUAAUACCUUUGCACUCGGGUUUGGGUUCGGACAGUAAAACCUGGAGAAGAAUCUGAAAGUGUCCACGUGGGAGGAAAAGCUUUGAUACGCGAACAGUGUUUGUCCCACAGAAAGUGUGAAUAUUAGCCCAGUGGUUGAUGUAUGUGACACACUGGGGGAAAGAUGAAGGAAGCAGCAGCAGCAGCGCUGGGAGUUGUACAGCACGGCGUCUUGCUCGUGGACACCUGGGCAGGUUGCAGCGUUUGCUCGCGGGGAGACGGAUUUUAAUCCUGCAUCUUAAGGACGAUCAUUUCGGAGGAUGUUAAAAAAGCAUCGGACAAUCAGAAAACGGUUUUGAAGACGAGCAGCGUUUUGGUCUGAGCUCUACAUGAAGAGAGACGUUUGGACACGAAGACCCUGAACCGACAAAAGACUCCAUAUGUCCAUGUGUUGGCAAACUAACUGCAACGCUUACACACCCUGAGCAUGUGUGUGUGUGUGCAUGCAUCUGUUUGACAUGAAGCUAGGCUGACAGGUGUGUGUGUGUGUGUCUGUCUGUGUGUGUGUGCGCGUGAAGUCACCUCCUCCUCACCUGGAGGCAGGAUCAGCCCUGUAUCGAGACUGACAGGUACACAACGCCCUCAUCAUCUCAGACUGUGUAAUGGGAUGUAAAUGUAAAAUGUCUCCAGGCCUGAAAAUAGACAGAGAGACAGAGAGUGAGAGAGAGAGGAGGAGGAGGAAGUUUGAAUGUUUCCUCUUCCGCCUCCUUCGUGUUCCCUCUCUGCUCAUAACCCUGAUGUUAAUUCACUCUUCAUCUCAUAGAUUCACUCCAGCUUGUGAAGGUGAAGUGUCUCUGUUCCCUCGUUACUCUAAGAUCUACACUCGUCCAUCUCGGCUGAACAAAGUUUUAAAAUCAUGGAAACAAAAAGAGCAUCGACGGGAUGAACAUGACCUGAUUCUGUGUUCGGAGACACCUGAUGAUGGCCGUUGCCGUGGAUACUGCUCAAUCAAUGCAGCUCACGUCUCACCGGCGUUUCCUCAAGUUGACUGGACUGUGAAAACGUUCCGGGAGAAAUCAGGUUGUGUUUUGUCGGAUUAGUGAAGAUGUUCCACUUCAUUAUGUCUCGGUGCUUCGAACGUUCAGUGGAGCAACACGAGGUUCACAGAGCUGCGUGAAAAGAGACGAGUACCUGCUCGUAUCUUUUUCACGUCUCCUCUUUGUAUAUUAACUUUUAUUAAGAACAAUUGCUAAAAUCACGACAUGUAACCGGGCUGGGCAAUUAAACAACGUCAGUAUUAAUCGAAAUAUACCAAAAAUCUGUCUUUUCACCUAAAAGACAUAAUAAUGAGACAUUUAUGGAGAUAAUUAUCGAUGUAGAGGAACAUCUGUAUCCUGAUCCUGCAGCUCAUCUCACCUCGAUGAGGCUUUAAAGAAACUUCUCUCACUCUCUUGGUGCAACACAAGUAUUUGGUUGUAGUUUUAAACGCUCGUGAAUCUUCUCUCUGGCAACAGCGGACAUGGUUUUUCGUAAAACCUCAAAAAUACCCAGUUUUCUAAGUGAUUAUCAUUAUUUUGACGACAUUUAAGGAAAGAAAAUGCUAAAAUCUUUGCUUUUACUCGUUUUAUUUUAUAUACAGUUUUAAAAAAUGGUCAAAAUAACUAAUAUACAGUGCAGAGGAACGCAGACAGACCAGGGAGCUUAUUUUAAAGCCUCUACCUUAAUAAAUAAUACAUUUCACAAAUUUAACAUCCAGCCAAUUAUGACUUCCAAUGACCAACUAAUAAUAAACGCAAUGAGUCUUUUAGAAACACAAAUAAUACAAUAAUAAUAUGACAUCCCUCUCGGUACGUGAGCGUGUUUUGUAUAAUAUUGAGUCUCCUCCUGUUUCCUGAAUUGUGCUGCAUCAGCUGCUGUGGAUGUGAAGCAGGAGGAGGAGGAGGAGGGAGGAGGAGGAGGA